UUUUUAGAGACUGAAUAACAACAAUGAACAAGACAUUAAUUUACAGAAACACGACUAGAUUGUUGACGACCAGAGGCUUCAAUCACUUGUCAACACCCGUCAAGUUGGGUAUGCGCAGUAUGAGCAGUUGGAAUAACCAUCAGGAGGAAUUACCCAGAAAACCCUCUCUCCCAUUUAAUACUAUCGCCAAUUUUGUCCCUCAACAAGAGGCUUGGGUUGUCGAAAGAAUGGGUCGGUUCGAUCGUAUCCUUGAACCUGGGCUCAAUUUUUUGGUACCCAUCUUGGACAGCGUCAAGUAUGUGAAGACAUUAAAGGAAGUAGCUGUGUCUGUACCCAGUCAAAGUGCCAUUACUCAAGAUAACGUAACUCUGGAAUUGGAUGGUGUAUUGUACUUUAAAGUAAUUGAUCCCUUCAAGGCCUCUUAUGGUGUAGAAGACGCUGCUUUUGCAAUUAGCCAAUUAGCUCAAACAACGAUGAGAGCAGAAAUCGGUCAGCUCACAUUGGAUCGCACCCUCGCGGAGAGAGCUUAUCUUAAUACGAAUAUUGUGAAUGCUAUUAACUCAGCCGCUUUGGAAUGGGGAAUAAAGUGUCUUCGAUAUGAAAUUCGUGAUAUUCAUCCUCCACUCAAGGUUGUAGAGUCCAUGCAUCAACAGGUAUCAGCAGAAAGAACCAAAAGAGCUCAAAUCUUGGAAUCAGAAGGUGCUAGACAGGCAGCGAUCAAUGUAGCUGAAGGACAGAAGCAAUCCAAGAUCUUGGCUUCAGAAGGCCAAAAAGCGGAAAAUAUUAACCAAGCCAAUGGAGAAGCACAAGCCAUUUUAUUGCGUGCUGAAGCAUCUGCAAAGGGUCUUGAGACGAUCGCUAAAGCAAUUGGCAAAGAUAAAGGUUCAGAUGCAGUUUCGAUGUCUAUUGCAGAAAAGUACGUGAACGCCUUUGGUCAGAUGGCAAAGGAAAGUACCACAUUAAUAGUACCGGCGACAGCAAAUGAUGCAGCAUCACUUGUAACUCAGGUAAGGGGCGGAUUUUGAGGAGAAAUGAUAAGAUGAAAUAAGUUUUGGUUACUCACCUAUUUAAUUCUCAGGCACUAUCCAUUUACAAGUCCAUUAAUGGUAAAACACAAUAGUAUAUUGUGCUUUAAAUGAGUUCAUUUCAUUCGUUCCAAGAUGUGUGUACGUAAUAGUUACCAAUAAAAAAAAUUAAAUAAAAGGCAUUCGGUUAUUUAUAGUUGACUCCAUAU